CCUGUCUGUUGCCUGCCUGCCUGCCUGCCUGCUUGCCUGCUUGCCUGCUGACUCGCCGCUCUCUCCCUCUCGUGCUCCCUCUCUCCCUCUACUCGCAUCUCGCACGCCGCUCGCCCUUUCCUUCUUUCUCAACAUCUCGAACGACAUCACAUCCUCGCCUCUUCCUUUCUCCCUUGGCCCGUCGCGACGACGACGACGACGAUGGCAGAGGCCAAGACGACCCCUGAGUUGCCGUCGCGAGGAUCUGCGUCGUCGACGAGCGAGGUCCCGAUUCCUGCUGAUGCGAGGAGCUCGGACCUCGCUCGUACUAGUGCAGCCGGCGACGACCAACACCCCAACACCAACGCGGCGGCGCAGCAACACCAUCAGCAGCGACGACUAGGCUCCAAGUCACCCACUCCCACUCCUCGCGGUGGGGAAGACGAUAAGAACGACGCCGACGCCGACGCCGACGUCGACGCAGCAUCCGCGUCAUCAGCAUCAGCAUCCGCACCAGCAUCCGCAUCAGCAUCCGCCAUGGCCAUGUCAUCGCCUCCGCCGCCGCCGUCUCGCCACGAUACUCACCGCGAGUCGUCGACCGCCUCGUCGUCGCAUAGAAUGGCCAUCAGCGAUGACGACGAGCAGCAGCAGCAGCAGCAGCAAGGACUGAAGGCAGGGGCAGGAUCCGCCGCUCGCGCCACUCGCAUGACUCGCCGCGAAGCUAGUCACGACCUCGACGAAGACGCCACACCACAGCAGUCGCGCAAAGUACGCGCCAUCAAUCGACUCGAGCGAUCCAGUGUUCUGGACGAGGCUGCAAAGCGUCGACAUCGCAGAAGACCAAGCACAGACAGCGCAUCCACAAAGGAAGACGAGGGGAGAUCACGCACUCCAUCCCCCAUCUUGGGGCGAGCCACCAGCUCAACGAGCGGUCACCUGGGCGCCCCCAUCGCCGGGCCCUCGGCCGCAGACAUCCAGUCGAUCCUCUACAGCUCGGCAGGAGGAGCGUAUGGCAGUGUAGAGUCGGCCAAGCCGCAGACUUUCAGUGACUCGUCUGAGAUCAAUGCAGUCGUCUCAAGCGUGGAGAGCAUGGAUUUGCGCGAUCAUGGCGAGUCGCUCGAGUUGGCAGCAAUGGUACGCAAGUUGGGACAACAUGCGCUGGAGCAGGAUGCGUAUAUUCGAUCGAUGGAAGAGUCGAUGCACAAUACGCGAGUCACAGCAGUGUCGGUCAUUUCGAACUUGACGGCAUCGCACGCCUACGAGAUGUCAGAGGAGAGACAGCUACGGGAUCGAUUGGAGGUCGAGUUGGAGGGAGCGCAGGCGUCGGCGCGUAUGCUAAGCUCGCUGUUGGCAAAGUCACAGACAAAGGGGAGAGAGAUGGAUAGAGAGAGGGCGGCGAGUGUCGAGGACGAGAUGAAAUGGGCUGCCUCGUUGCCAGGCACAGGGUUGCGCAAGCCAUCAGCAGCAGCCGUCGCCGCCGCCAAGGAAGUCAGCGCAGCCAUCUCGCCGCGUCAACCUGCAGCCCCAGCGCCAGCAGCGACAUCCUCGCUCGAGUCGUCGCACACGCAGCCGCAACCGCCUCGCACCCCGCAAACGCCCUCCAAGGGCUUCGGCCUCGGCAUCAUGGACAACACUCCCUCGACGAGCUCCCACGCAGCGCCAGAGUACACCGACGUCUUUGACUCGCCCAUGUCUGCCGUCAUUGCGGAGCGCAACAAGCUCGCAGCAGACAAGCGCUACCUCCGCAAUCGCGUGCGAGAUGCAGAGGCGCAGCUGCAUCGGCUUGAGAGCGAGCUCAAAGCGCUGCGGCCGCUAUUGGUGCAGGGGGGAGGAGGGGCCAAGGCGAUGCUGUCGACACCGUCUGCUCCAACGACGCCGCACCGCAGUCGAGAUCGCGGCGUGGACUUGGCGGCCUUCACUGGCGGCUCCUCGGCUACGACGCCGGGUGGUCGCGAGCGCGAGCGUUCACGCAAGGACAAGUCAGCGAGGCGAAGACGACCGACGACGCUGGGUGAUGCAGAAGCAGAGCAUCUUCUCCUCGCUGCUCGUCGCCUCAACAAUGUCCGCGCUCAGCAAGAAGCCAGUCUGCCGCCACACCCCCCUCUCAGCCAGCAAGCAUCGCCGUCCGCUCGUCCUCGCACUCCUCCGCCCAAGCUCGGUGCUGGGUUGCCCAAGACGCCCAGCAGCGCCGCAACGCUCACGGCGGGUCGGACUCCACGCCGUGCGGGCAGCCCUGUCAAGGCGCCACGCAGCGCUCGCCCUGUGAUCGACCCCAUGCUCUCGCGCGGCGGAGAAGAACCGCCAGUCUCGGCUCCAGCAAGUGUUGCGCUCAUGGGCUCGCCGCAGGCCAAGACGAAGAGCGUCGGCGUCGGCGCGGGCCCCGGCCCCGGCCCCGGCCCCGGCCCCAUCCGUCACGAGCGCGUCGACUCCGCGGCCUCGCACAACGGUAUGGACGAACUCCUCCAUGCAGCGCAAUCUGUCCUCACGCCGCGAGACAGGGCCGCAGCAGCACAGCAACAGCAGCAGCAGCAGGGCGCGUACUUUCCGCCCGCGGCCUCGAUGGCAAAGACGCACGACGUGGCGGCGCAGCGACCUCCUAGCUACUUUGAGUCGCCCAAGAGGCGAAGGGUCAGCAUGUCCGCGAGCGAUGCAGGCGCGAGUGCGAGUGCGGAUGCGUCGCCGCAGCAACGCUACUUGAAUCCGUUGCACCACAAGGCCUCUUUCCCUACAUUGGGGGCAUCGCCUCGUCGCAUCAGGACCCGGACCGAGGAGGGUGGAAUGCAGAGGGGCAGCGAUGCGGAUGAGCCGCCGCACAGUGCUGGGUUGUCUGCGUUGGACCUGCUGGCGGACCAGGCUGCCGCGAGCCAGAAUCCAUCGCAGAGUAGCGAGCCCUCGAGCUCGGACAAUGAGCGACGGGAUGGCGGCUUUUCGAGCCAGGAGGAGGGGCCAGGGGGCGAGGGCGUCAAUGCUCCUCGACGUGGCAUCUCCAAUCUACCUCCACGCAGCGCCGCUUCGAGCUUGAUGGCUGCGCGCAACCGUGUUACGGCGGGCAACGCGAGCGGCUCCAGUACGAGCGCAACGGGAGGAGCGCCCAUUGCGUAUGCGCACAGCGUCGCUCCUCAUUCGGACUAUGGAUCGCCGCGGUAUUCGUACUCGACCGCUCCGCCGUUACCGCCCAUGAUGGGCUCGCCGGUCAGCCACGGCUCUUCGCCGCUGAUGAGCAAUGACGUCUACCCUGGGCGUGCAGGCAGCGUGGGGUAUGCUCUGCCUCCGAUCAGUACAGGUCCGCCACCACCACCACCGCCGGGGAUGCAUCACGGGCACGGGCACGGGCAUGGGCACGGGCAUGGGCACUACCACUCUCACUCUCGCGAGUAUUCAGCGGGGUCACUCCCUCCUCCACCCCCACCGCCGGGCAUGCCCCUCCACCCGCAACAUCACCACCACCACAUGCCUCCCUACGCGCUGCACAGCCCGCACGGCCUGAAUGGGAGCGGCGCGCACAUCCCAUUACCACCAGCCCCGCCGUCGGGCUACAUGUCUCCUAGUGCUGACUCGCCUCAUCACGCGGCGAAUGGGUUCGUGCCCGGUCAUCGUCACUCUGCCUCGUACGAUUCGGUGGGCGGGGGCGGCGGCGGCAACGGGUCAGCUUCUGCUUCUGCGCAACCGCUGAGCGCGGGAAGUGGCACCAGUGUUGGUGGUGGUGGCAAGGCUUCCGCGUCGUCCUCCUCCUCUGCCUCUAACAACAAGCCCAAAGGCGGUAACACCUCGCCGGACAAGCGAUUGCCGUACGUCCGCUGGACGUCGGAAGAGGACGAAAAGCUCAAGCGAGCUAUAGCGCAGUACGGGCAGCGAUGGGAGGCGGUUGCCAAGGCUGUUGGGACGAGGAGUUACCAUCAGUGUAGGCAGAGGGCGUUGUUGAUGAGGAGGAAGGGGGUGGAUCCCGCUGCUGCGGGGAGGGGGGGAGGGGGGACGAGCCCGGGGACGGGGGGCGAGGAGGAGGACGCGGGGAGUGCGGCGGGUGGGGAGGGGGAGGAGGGGUAGCGGUGCGCGUGCGCCUUUAUUUGUCCGUCUGUCCGUCGUAUGAGCAGCAUUACAUUUUUGCGUUUUCGUCCUACAAUCGUGCGAGGUGUUGCACUGAUGGUAGUGAGGAGAAGAGAC